AUGACGGUCACUCACCGCAAACGCCAGACGCAGCCCGACGAGAUCCAAAGUGCGUGUUUUUGUCCAUGUAGCCCCUCUCCCGCGUCGCGUCUCCUCCUCUGCCCAUGCGCCAUUUCUCACGCUUCCUUUUAUGUAACCCCGUCCUCCCUCCUCCCCCCUCGCCUUCCCGCCAUUUGUGUUAUCCAUCGUCGCCACGAAUACACAGCCGUCAACGAGCCCGGCCUCCAGAUCCAAUGCGAUGCCUGUCUCUGUGACCUUACCCACUCCGUACGCAUCAAGUGCGCCGACCCUAUAUGCGAGCCCGGCGAUGGCGUUGAUAUCUGUCCGGCCUGUUUUUGUGCAGGCAAGGAGUUUGCCAAGCACAAGCGCGGCCAUGCGUACCGCGUUAUCGAACUGCACUCGUACCCGAUAUUCACCGCAGACUGGGGAGCUGAUGAAGAACUCCUUCUCCUCGAAGGCAUCGCCCUCCAGGGCAUCGGCAACUGGCAAUCCAUCGCCGAGCACGUAGGCACCCGUACACGAGAAGAUGUCGAGAAGCACUACAACACCGUCUAUGUCGACUCCCCCGAGUGGCCACUACCCAAAUCAGACCCUUUACCAGACAUCGAUCCCGCCGACUUCCUCGAACGCAAGCGCCGCCGCAUAUCCACCCUACACACCCUCCCCCCACCUCCCAAAGUCGCACCCACAAGCGCGCCCGGCGUACAUGAAGUCGCCACCUUCCUCCCGGGGCGCCUCGAGUUUGAGCACGAGCUCGACAACGACGCCGAGGACCUCGUCAAGGACCUCGAGUUCGGCGUGUGCCAUGCGUGGGGCGGCGACGCGAUCGUCGAGGACGAGCUCGACGCCGACGUCCUCGCGCGCGCCAAGAUGGCCGAGGAGCGGCGCGGCAUGUCCGUCACGCCUGUGCCGGGCGUGAACGGCGUGAACGGCGUCAAUGGGCUUGCGAACGGGCACCUGACGAACGGAGAGAUCAAGCGCGAUCCGAGCCCCGUCAAGCCCGAGGAACCGCUCCUCAACGACGACCCCAACGCCGACGAAGCGACCCAGCCGCCGCCAUUCGAGACCCAGUCGUCACUGGAAUUCAAGCUGACGCUGCUGGCGAUGUACAACCAGCGCGUCGACAAGCGGCACGAGGCCAAGGGGGUCAUGUUCGAGCGCGGCCUGCUCGAGUACAAGAAGAUGCAGGCGGCCGAGAAGAAGCGGCCAAAGGAUGAAAAGGAGAUUUUGCAAAGAUUGAGGCCGUUCGCGAGGCUGCAAACGGCAGAGGACUACGAGGCGUUCUCGACGGAUAUCCUGUACGAGGCGAUGUUGCGGAAGCGAAUACAGGAUCUGCAGCAUUAUCGACGGAUGGGCCUGCUCACGCCGGGGGACAUUGACAAGUACGAGGUGGACUUUCAGAGACGGCAACAAGCGAAGGCGAACCUCACGCGCGACUACUAUUCUUCCGAACGCCUAUCGCAGCUUCGCGGCGGCCGCGACUCCCACGAGCGCGAAUCUACACCCAAACUCAACACCGCAACCAACACCGCCCCCCGAAAACAACCCGCCCCGCUCAACCUCGCCAACUCCCCGUCCCUCCACCUCCUCACACCAGGCGAACAGACCCUCUGCUCGCAGCUGCGCAUCCUGCCCAAGCCCUACCUCGUCAUCAAAGAGACCCUCGUGCGCGAGUACGCGCGCCGCGGCGGCAAGCUCCGCCGGCGCGAGGCGCGCGACCUCGUCAAGAUCGACGUGAACAAGACCGCGCGCGUGUGGGACUUUCUCGUCCAGAUGGGGUUCUUGAAGAUUCUGCCGGACGCGGUGUCGGCGCCGGCUCCGGUGUCUGCGGCCAGCGCGGGUGGCGGAGGCGCGGGUGCAGGUGCAGGUGCGAGCGCGAAUGCGAAUGCGGCGGGAGGAGCGGAGCAUUCGGCGAUGAGCUUGAGCGCGUCGCCGUCAAAGGACUUUUUGCGCGUUUCGCCGAUGGCGUUUGGGUCGACGAGUCCAAAGGCGAGGCCAACACCGGGGCCUACAUGA